AUGAAAGCUAAUAAUUAUCAUUAUAGCAAUAUUUUUUAAUUGGCUGCAUAAAGCUCUAAAAAAUCUAAAAUUAUAUCAAUACGAAUCAUAACUCAAACUUUGAAAGAACUCAAUAAUGAAUAUUUAAUAGCAGGUAUAAAAAGUGGAAUUAUAAUGUUGCUCAAACCUGAUUUACAUGAAACUGUUUUAAGGACUUAUUAUAUCUCAGAUUCGAUAUAAAUAAGAUAGAAAGAAAGCACAAGAUGCUUAAGAUGA